GUAUAAAAACAUGAUUUGUAUUUGAUUUUAUAAAGAGAAAGAUAAAAAGAGAACCCUCCCUCUCCUGAAGGCGGCAAUCGGAAAGAGAGCAGAAUGAAAAUCCGAUCGGUAUUCGACGGCGGCGAAUUGAGAAGUGAAUUCGAAAAAAAUGGUAUCGAUUCAAAGUUCGUUCCAAUUAUAUGGAAGCACCUCUUUCUCACUCUCCGAAACACUAACAUUAAAUCCAAUUCUGAUUCCGAUUGGGAAUGGGAGAAAUACGUUCCUUCUUUGCCUUGUUCAGCCUAUUCCUUCCUCCGUUCCAAGUUCAAAACCCCUCUCUCUUCUUCACUCCACUCCGUUUUCCACUCUUCUGAUAAUGUCACAUCCAAGCUCCUCAUCAAACUCACUAAUGGAGCUUUUGUGGAGGCUGUGAUUAUGAGAUACGAUACUCGUUUGGGUAAAUAUGGUGGUAAACCUCGUCCUGGUGGUCUUAGAGCUACUUUGUGUAUAUCUUCUCAGGUAGGAUGCAAAAUGGGUUGCAAGUUCUGUGCAACUGGAACUAUGGGAUUCAAAAGUAACUUAUCAUCUGGAGAAAUUGUGGAGCAGUUGGUUCAUGCUUCUAGUUUUGCACAAAUCCGUAAUGUUGUCUUCAUGGGAAUGGGAGAGCCUUUGAACAACUAUUCUGCUGUGGUAGAAUCUGUUCGUAUCAUGACUGGGUCACCAUUCCAAUUGUCAUUGAAAAGGAUUACCGUCUCAACGGUUGGCAUCAUUCAUGCUAUCAACAAGCUUCAUAAUGAUGUGCCUGGUUUGAACUUGGCAGUCUCACUACAUGCACCAGCCCAAGACAUCCGAUGCCAGAUAAUGCCCGCUGCCCGUGCUUUCCCUUUGGAAAAACUUAUGGAUUCACUGCAAGAAUAUCAAAGGAAAAGUUUGCAGAAAAUAUUAAUUGAAUACAUAAUGCUUGAUGGGGUGAAUGAUGAAGAGCAGCAUGCCCACCUAUUAGGAAAACUGCUGGAGACAUUUGAAGUGGUGGUGAACUUAAUACCUUUCAACUCUAUUGGUACAUUGAGUCAAUUCAAAUCUACUAGUGAGCAGAAAGUGUUGAAGUUUCAGAAAAUUUUAAGGGGUACCUAUAAUAUUCGAACUACAGUCCGGAAGCAGAUGGGUGAAGACAUCAGUGGUGCGUGUGGACAAUUGGUGGUUAGCUUACCUGACAAGUCUCUUGGAAAUGCAAAUCCCCUAACGGACAUAGAAGAUCUUGUUAUUUGAUAGAAUGUAUUCGUAUAGUUCUUGGGCUGAAUUUAAAAAAGAAAUUGUUUCCUUUUAUUUUUGUGUUAUUUCGAAGUUGAAAUAGGAAUUAGAAGUAGAAGUCAAGAUGGAUUUGAUGAGGCACAAGUGUCCAAUGAAAAUUCUUGAUAUGAAUGAUCUUUGGUCCUCUUAAUUUUUCCAUACUGCUAGUCACUUACACAAUCCUAAUAUUCACCAUUUUGCCGUC